AAAAGGAUGAAAAUAACUCUAGUAAAUAUACAACAUCUGUAUGAACGUGCGAAGAAUACACUCAUGUGCUUCGUGACCGGCGGCUUUAUAUCUGAGAUAAGUUACAUUCACACAACUGCUAUCGUAUGAAUUCUCACAACAAAAGUAGAAGUCUUUUUUUUUUACAGGAGUUCUUUGAAUACAGGCGUGAGCUCGUAUGUUGUUUACCAUGGAUUGCGUCAUCCUCACGUGUUGUAGCCAAGAUGGCCGCUCGGCGCCGAUCUUAUGAUGUUAUAUAAAACCGUACGAAUUCACUCAGACGAGUCUAUCGAUCACGGCCACAAUGAUAAACGGAAUUUUAAACACUACAGCCAUAAUGACGUAGAGCGCACCAGUGACAGACGUUCAGUGUGCUAAGGACCUACAUUACAGUCAGUAAAGAGCACACAGAGCCAGCCAAACAUACCGAUGAUGUAAAAUACUAGGGUUUAAAAGCAACGACGCAGUAUAGCGUGUAGUGUGUUACAAGACAGGACAUGCUCCGUAACUGGCUGACAUUUACCGGAAGUUCGAGAUGUUUGAAGCUGUAGAUGAGAGGGAUGAGGGUGUCCCGUUGCCCAAUGACACGGGCUACCAGACACGCUUUGUGGGUCACCAUCAAACCAGAGAGGAGUUAAAAACUGCCAUUAAAGGCAAAUGUCGGCUCCUUCAAGUGGUGGGGGGACCAGUGGUAGGAAAAAGUCGGCUGGCUGAGCAGAUUUGUAAAGAACUUAUAGAGGAGUCAGAAGACACCGGCACGAAGCUAAAAUUCGUCUCAAUCCUACUGAGGAACGCACAGAGUCUGCGAUUGGUCAAAAUGAAAAUCCUACAAGAGUUCUCUCAAAAGAGUACGUCCUUCUCCAUUGUUGACUUCCAAGACGAUAUAGAAUGGAUACUGAAGAGUCAAAAAAAGACAUACUUCAUGGUUUUGUUUAACGACUGUGACCAGAUGACCUCGACAAAUUCUUUGAGAACAGCUUUCUUGGAAAUAAUUUACGCCUUAGUCACUUUCCCAAGAGUUAAAGUCAUCAUCACAAGUCGGGUUCAGUUUUCGUUACCAAGAAUUAACGGUAGUUUUCAGAAAACUUGCCGCUUAAAAGGUUUGGAAGACGAAGAAGCUAUGGAACUUCUGUCGCAAGUAGCUCCCAACGUGGAUUUCACAUCCCACUACGAGGUCAUACUGGACAUAUGCUGUCGCCUUCCCCUUCUACUGAUUAUCGUGGGCCAAAAAUUAGAGGAAAAACGCCACAUGCUCUCCGUCAAGGAACUUUGCGAUUUUUGGGAGACGUCGCCUCUGGAGGGAUUAAGCGCAGACUUUGGUUCGGAUGAAGACAACAUCAAGAAAAUCAUAGCGAAGUUCGUGGCCUCACUUGACAAUUGCCUUCAGAAAUUCCUCUCCGUAUUUGCAUAUUUUCCCGGUACGUUCAGUGCGGACGCCGCCGCUUACGUCGCCGCCUUACCGAAGGUGUCCCAUGCUAAGGUGCUGGCGCUGAUCCCUCUAAAUGAUACAUCGGCUAUCGAGUAUGACAAGGGGCGCUACUCUAUCUUGCCCGUUAUCAGACGCCAUGCCAACGAAAAUCUGACGCACCUCAGAGACACAGACAGCGUUCGACACCGGUUUUGCCAUUUCUUCAGCAAAUUGCUGACCAAGGCAAACGCUGAUCUUGUCCGCCGGUCUACCGACGCCGUCUUUGGCCAGGUCUUUGAGGAAUGGGUGAACGUAGAGAAGGUGUUACGCGAAGGCGCCUUGCCCACAGCUGACCUUUUCAGGGUCAACAUGGAGAUAAUCCGAGAUGCCCCGGACAUUAUCACGGUAAUGGUGCCGGAGUCUGCGGAGCCAUUCUAUCGCCAGUGCUUGUCAGCGGCGGAGAUAUUUGGGACGGAGAAGGAUAUUGGUUGUAUUGAAGCUUGUAUAGGUUCUGCGGUGGGAUAUUCUAGAGGAAAUGGGCUACGGGAAGGCAUUGAAUUCCUUAAGAAAGCCGAAUCUAAAUUAACUCCAGAGGACGGUUACCAAUAUGUGAAACUCAUGGCUCAUUUUGAGUGGAAUUAUUUCAGACAAGGCAACAUGGUGGAAGCUGCGCGGUAUCAGCGGAAAGGCCUGGAAAUCACACCGUCAGGCCCUGAGGAGAGGCGGACGAUGAGACAACAGAUCGCUAUACGUAACCACCAAGCCCUGAGGCUCAUACGUAUGGGGAGAUGUAAAGAAGCGAUCACUAUACUACUUGACACCAUUGAAUAUGCUACCCAGAACUUCGAGUACAACCCCACUAUCAGAGUCAUGCUGAACUCCCUUGGAUUAGCCUAUGAUGGGGUGAAGCAGAGAGACAAAGCUCUGAAGUACUGCAAAGCCUCACUGGCUGAGAGGCGGAAGUAUGCCAAGUGGUCAGUGCGAGAUCUCGUCAUCCCACUCUGUAACUUGGCCGUCAUGAUCAGUGACAACAAGGAAUUUGGUAUUGCCAUUAGGUUAGUCGACGAAGCUUUGGAGAUUCGUGAGAAGAUCGCCUGGGAACACUUGGACACGGCCACAGCCCUCUGCAGCAAGGGAAGAGUACUAAAAAAGUGGAGGAAGUAUUCGGAAGCCAUCGAGUAUUUUGAGAAUGCUUAUCGUGUCCAAGAGGCGUGCGUUAAGACGCAUCACGCCCUAGCAGACAUCGGUAAUGAGAUCGCAUUUUGCUUGACAGGCCUUGGGCGGGUUCAAGAAGCACGUGACCGAUACCAACAAGUGAUCAACAGCAGACAUAGGUUACAACAACAGGAAGAGCUGAAUGCCCUUGUUCUGCAGGCAUUUGGCCGUUUGCUUGAAAUAUCAGAUGACGAUGACUGGUCAAGGACAGCUGCAGACAUGAGCCAGUUCUUGGAGAGUCUUAUUGCCGCCGAAGAAACUCUCGACUCUGAGAGGAGUGUAAGGUUCAGAGAUAAAUUGUACGACAUUCAAACACAGAUAAAUAUGAGGGCAAGUGAGCAAGUAGCAGGAAACAACAACCAUCAGGAACAGAUUGACCUGGCACCAGAUAUUUCAGUCAUGGACCAAGAAAAAGCCCAGUGUGACAAAAUGGCCGUAAAACAGAUGAGUACAGACCGCGAAGACUCCAGAACUGUCAGCCUCGCGAAGAGAAUUUCCAAACUGGAAAUGAACCGCAACAAUUUGUCUCAUACACAGAAUGUUGUCAAAGCAGCGCCAAAAUGCAUCGGCACGACUGAUAUUUUAACGAUGGAGUGUAAAAAUGGUACUGGCAGGGAUAGCAACGAACGUGGAAGCGACGAGACAGAAUGUAAGACUUACCACAGAAAACUCUAUGAACUCUCGCGUAAAUCCAAAGGAGAGAGUGAUCCAAGAACUUCCUCUUCUGCGGACCAUAAAUAUGACGGUCAAUAUUGUCUGAGAGUUACAGCUACUGACCACGAGUGUCCACGGAGAUCACCGGAGGAACACGACGAACGCAUGGGUGAUAAAACUUCUAUGAUAGCAAAUAGUGCUGAAGAUUUAUUAAAGGAGAUUUCACAGGAAAAUCAUACUGGCCCAGUGUUUGAUGUAGAUAUGACAGGUUGUAAGUCUUUAUAUGAAACAAGACAGUUUCCAGAAGACAGAGAGAUGUUAAGCGGAACACAAAGAGCAUCAAGUGACAACACCUUGUUGAAAUGUUGUCCGAACAUGGUGCAUUCACGAGGAUUGCACCAGACUAUCACAUCUGGAUCUCAAUCUGGUGAGGACAUUGACCUGGGCUUCGCAUCAGAUCAAAUCCAGGUGAUGGGUAAAGAAACUCCCUGCUCCGAACCCAAUUCAGUGUACAGUGAACAUAUUCUUGCCGUAACCAACAUCGACUGUCCCAUGAGAACGGAAUUGCCUCAAAUAGACUUAGCAUCAGAAAUCCAAGAUGGUAGACCACUUUUGUCUGAGGGCUCCACACUGAAGGGUGAAAGUGUGGUGUUGUCGGAUUUAGAGACUCUUAAAGGAGACUUAAAAACUUAAAAAGAAAACUUAAAAACAUGACACUAUAUGCUGAAAGGAGCAUAUUUGUUCGAUGUGGUGGUGCAUGCUGCAUAAUUUUGCGAUUUUUCCUCGCCAUACACGUAAAGUCUGAAAACGGCAAUGCUGGCAUAAAUCGCUGAGUCCAUCGCGUCCUCCAUCUUUAAUACCCAAUAAUUUAUGCUGGGGGUGUAUUGCCUCUACGCCAAUGAGAGUCGUUAAAACUGGUGGCUUGUUCGUGUAAACUCGGAACCUGCGCCCAACAUUUCGGUUUCCCGAUCGUCAAGCGGAAAACGAACUGUACUGUUCGCUACCUUAUGGGAAGAAGAGUUCUACCGGAAAUGUACGAACUGUACUUCGGCGGUUUCCGACGGCAAUUCUCCUACUAGCACAGAAGGCUACAGGACUUAGGCAAAAUGGAGUCGCCCACAGCGUAUUUUGGUGCUGACUUUAUUUAUGAUUUAUCAACUUGAGGUACAUGUUAGAAUUUUUUCAUUGCAUGCACCUGCGAGGAAAUUCAUACUCUUUUUCAAUGGUAUUUGUUUGAUAUUUACAUUUUCUUCUCCUUGAAACAGAUGAAUUUCAGAAAGGUGAAUCCCAGGAAUGUGUAAAUAUGAAUGGAAAAGACGUGACGUAGGCGGUUGUGUUCUGGGGUCUAUUUUAGCCCGGCUGUUUUUAACUUACUAAAUUAAAUCCCAUGGCGGGUAACUAUACACACUUGACCUACUCAGCCGUUUUGAACGUAACGGCUCUAUUUUUCUAUUGAAAGCCGUUGCCGUCCUAGUCCAGAUCUUAUUACAGGUUGUAUAUUCCCUGUACUGAUCUUACCACAGUUGAUCCCGUGUACAGAUAUUACCACACAUUGUAGGAUUAACCUGAAAUACAGAUCUUAUCGCAGAAUGUGCGCUAUACAGAUCUUGCCCAGUGUGUACCCUGUACUGAUCUUACCACAGUUGAUCCCGUGUACAGAUAUUACCACACAUUGUAGGCUUAACCUGAAAUACAGAUCUUAUCGCAGAAUGUGCGCUAUACAGAUCUUGCCCAGUGUCUACCCUGUACUGAUCUUACCAUAGAUUGUACAAUGUUCUGAUCUUGCCACAGAUUUUGCCCUGUGCAGAUAUUAGCACAGAUUGUGCCACACUAGUAGUAGUGUCUAAAUAAGGACAGAUAUUUUAUGAGAAAUUCAGACUUGUAAAUCCUCACUUGUAAACUCCGGCUAAAGUCCUUGCACUGCAGUCAGUCAUGCAAUGACACUCAUGUAGGGAAUUUUGACACUCAUGUAGGGAAUUUUGACACUCAUGAAGGGAAUUUUGACACUCAUGUAAGGAAUUUCCAAACCAUUUGUUUUUCUUCUCUGGGAAACACGUUUAACUUGUCACUUUCUUGACAGUAUUAGCCUGCUCUUGCUCGAUCUCUCAAAACGUAUUUUACACUAACAAGUAUUUUGACAUAGUUUUAUACAUAUUAGCAUACUCUUAUAGCAAAAGUAUUAGUAGUAUGAUUUAGUUGUAUAAAUACUUGUUGGCCUGAGUUUAUAGCAUGUAUUAUGAUUGUUAGCUUGGCGUUAUACUAGUACCCAUUCAUUAUACCCCUUAGUAUUAGUUGGAAUGAAUUUACAUUUUGUUAGCAUUACACUCAGUUGAAGUAUUACCCAUUGUUCUCCUAUUUGCAUUCCGUGUAUUAUGUUUGUGUGGUAGGUUUUAGAAAGAGAUUAGUACUAAGAGAGAAUCCUUUUUGAGUGACCGAACACAAAUUUCAUAAUGCCCUGUAAUUAGAAUCUUUAUUAUAUUUCUU